CUCUCUCUCUCUCCUCUCUCUCUAUCUCUCUCUCCUUCUUUUUGUCGCGCAUUUUAUGUGUACGCCCGCGACAAAUACCAAAGAGAAAUGAGUGCAGGUCGGGCCAGAACAAUACGUCGGCGCGGUAUGCCAACAUUGCCAACUCGAAAUGGGGCCAGAAUAGCAGGGACGAGCAGCCGCCACCGCCGCCACCACCACCGUCGCGGCAGCGGUGCGAUCCGUCGAGAGUUGGGCAACUCUCACGGGGCUCUGUCAAAGUCGGCAUAGUCGCAAGCGAAUGCAGCUGCAGCUGCUGCCUACCCCUCAGUGAGCAGUGCGACCACGACCCGGGACCCAUCGCUCGCCGACUCGCGAGCGCGCGAGAUCUCUCUGUCUUUCUAUCCGCGCGGAUCGACCUCGAGAUCUCGAGAGCGGUUGAUCCCUUCUGCUCCCCGUUCCGCCUUUCUUUCUCUCUUCACUCAUUCGGAUCUCGUAGUGCGUCUCGUGGUCGAAUUAGGUGGUUCUUGUUGUUGUUGUUGUUGUUGUGCCUCCUGUUGUUCUCUCGUUGUUGUUUGUUGUCAGUGGUGGUGGUGGUGGUGGUGCUGCCGCCGGCUGGAGCCACAUCUAGUUUAGAGCAUGACGAGGAGGCACACGGUGAUCGUGAAGCUCAGGAGAUCCAGCACCGGCAGGCCUUGGGGCAUACGAAUCGCCGGGGGUGCUGAUCUGGGCACACCGAUCGUCGUCACCCGCUCGGAGAACGAGGCGCUCCAGAAGGGUGACGUGAUCAAGAAAAUCGACGAGUAUGACGCGCGCGACGUGAGGCAUGUAGACGCACAGAAUCUCCUACAAAACUCCGAAAGCAUAAAGCUAGUCGUCGAAAGGUCUGAGCCGUCGAGCACAAUAUCGUCACGCACCACCGACACUACCACUACGUCACCCACGAUUUUCGGGUCAAUCAUUGGCGACGGGGCUGCGGUCACUAGUCUGUACAAGCCAGAGAAAGAAUAUCCUCGGGACUUACCGAGGAGCCCGAUACCGCCGCUCCCAGCUGAGGAGCACAUGCCUGUGCCUUUACCGGCCUCCGACACCUACACCCUUCGCAGCACAAUCGUUUUGCCGCACGAUCAUAUAGACGAGAUCCGCGAGGAGAAGACUCACCUGUCGCAGCCCUACCGCACGACUCCUUUGGUCUUGCCAGGUGCCAAGGUCAAGAAGGAUGCUCCUCUCGGCGAAUGCUACCUGCGGCAUCAUCCGAACCCGAUGAUCCGGGCGGCGCCCCAUCAUUAUGAACCCGCUCACCCUGAGGUGGCUAUGAAGCAAAAGGUGGCGGAAACGGUGCUUCAGCGUGUCUUGGCACCGAAUGAAGUUCCAAAGGUCGUCCACAAGCAAUUCAACUCACCGAUCGGGCUUUACUCGGAGCAGAAUAUCGCGGACACCAUCAAGUGCCAAGCGUCCGCCGUGCCCAUUUUCAUAGACUUUUCCUUCCUGAAACAGAAACAGGAAAUACAGGAGCAAGCGAGAAUCUUGAAGGAGCAGGCCAAGGCCGCCUCCUCGAAGAAUGUGUGGCCGCAAUUCAAUAAGCCAAAUUAAAAUUUAUCGAGCCGUUCGAGACGUUUUCCGAUGCUUCUAGCACGUCGGACGACAGAGUUUUCCGGUUUUCACACGGAUCAUUGGACACGUUCCUUUCUUGCCGGAAUUUAGAAAAUUGUAAAUUUAUCUCAAUCAUCGAUGUAUUCAAGAAAAUGUAGAAAAAAUCUUAAUUUGGGAUGCAAUGAGAAAAGAGAUGAGAGAUAUAAUUAACGAUUAAUGAUAAUGUGAUAAUAGAUCAAUGGCAAUAAAUGACGAAUGUGGUAAAUAAUCACGUUAAAAGAAAAAAGAAAUUAGCUGUACUGUAAGAGCAGAUUAAGAUACUCCUUAAAUUUAUAAUUCGGUAUCCCGAUACAAAAAUUUACAUUACAAUGUCGCAAUUUAAUCAAUAAUUAAAUCAACUGUCCAUUUGUUCUAAAUAUUAUUGCAAAAGAAUCUUAAUUGAAGACUCAAAUUACAGUUACGUGAAAAAUCAACUGAAAUGAAUAUUUUGAUUAAUCAUCGGAGUGUAAAAUAGAAUGAACGUGACCAGUGAAUCCCGAACGAAUAUGUGAUUGUUAUUUCGAGUUAAUUUGCCGUCUAUGUUAUAUAGUAAACGUAAAUAGGGUUGCGGUGCAUUACAAAAAUUAUGUAGUUCUUUCGCGAGACACGAUCGGAGAAACGGCGCACAAAAAGCUUUCUUCCUAGCAAUAGCAGUGCGUCCUUGCAUGCGCGAUAGAGUAGUGAAUAAUCAAUAAUCAAUGCUGAAUAUAGUAGUUGAAAACACGUAAGAUUAUAUUAUCUACUAACUUCGAUAUUUUCUUAACAAAUGUUCGUAUGCUUGCAUCGUAGACACCGUGUAUGAAUAAUUCGAGACGACUUUCGAAAAUUACGUCUUCGACAAUUGUUUGUCUCGUACGUUUGUCUUGUUUAAAAUAAGGUAAUUAAUUGUACGCUCAUAUUUCCUCGGUGACAGAACAAGAAAUUAGAAUCUGUAUAAACAGAUAAAGAAACUUUCGUUUUUUUUAUUAUCGAAUCAUUCUGCAGUGUGUGGAUCCUCUUUAACUUAAAAUUUACUUAUAGUGGUAUAAUUGAAAAUUGUGUUACUAUAUAAAGAUCUCAUGUGAUUAAAAUCAUAACAAUCUCAUGUCAUUUUGCACAUAUAUAUUAAAAAUCGUUGAUGUCGUUUCAGGGAUCGAAACAAGAUUUUACCAUGAACUUAAUCUUUUAUUUUUCAAAACUGCAAAUGGAACUUGCACUUAUAUGUAUAAAGGAUUCCUUAUUAAAUUUGUAUGAUUUUUGCUGUUUCUUUUUAAUCGCAAAAACGGAUGAAACUUUUCGAAUACUUUUCUCAAAGACAAGGCGUAAUUUUCGAAAUGCCCAACGCGUUCUUCUUGAUCGGGCAUGCACGCAGAAUUUGCACGAUGAGGAAUGAUCGCUCUCUCGAUUAAACGGCUGGAGGACGCGUCUGAAAGUCGCUCUCGAACAGACGAAAGCAAAUAGUAAGAUGAAAUUGGCAAGAAUCGUAACCCCGGCCGCUGCUAACCGAGCCAGAUAGAAAAAAAGAUAGGGAAAAGUGCGAAAGCGAUUAAAAGUCGUCCCUGUGUCCACACAUGCGAUACGUGCAGUCUGAAGAAGCCGGUCAAGUACGAUCCGAGCAAGAGCGAGGCAUACAAGGCCCUGCAGGAGGAGGCGUUCGGGGACUAUGUGCAGGAAGUCAGGCAACCGGUUCGUACCGGCGUCUUUACGCCGCAGAAAUCCAACAAG